CAGAAUCGCUGGCGUGUGGAACUCGCGAGUGGAUGCGAAGUGAAUUGUCGACACAUUCACCGAAAUUCGGUGUGUUAGCCUUUGACAGCUGAGUACAGAGAUAGGUCUAAUUGUGAAGUGAGUAUACUGCCCUUUCCUCUGAGUUUACAACCGUAAAUACGAACAGUGGUCUAUCAUUACGCCCGGUGGUACGAUUCCUAAUGAUGGACUUAUUUGGGAAAGUUGCGAUGCUCUGGAUUUGUUACUUGUGGCACUGAGAUCCAAAUGUACUUUAUUUAAGCUGCGGUAAACAGCUUUUUGCUGGCUGUUUAAAAGCAAAAUCAUAACGAAGAUUUAAUUUCGAUGUUCGAACGGACGUGAGGGGAGUGCAGGAGGAUUACGCACGACAUGAGCGACUUCAGGCGGGUGGCUUUUCGGAGGAAACCCAGGACAUUGGAAGAGACGGAUGUAAAAUCGGAGGAAUGUGCAGCUCUUGGCAGAAGCCCCAGUGACUCCAGUGACAGCUCCAUCACCAGCGAGGGUACAGUCAAGGAGGGCAGGACCAAAGAGAGGAGCCAGAGGAAAACAAGUGGGAAAAUCCGAACUUACCGGCCCUCCCUGCACCCCAAACCACAAGUGUUUCCAAAGCCCCCUCACCUACAGGGACAGGGGAGGGAGUCAGAGACACCCCAGGGCCAAUGCAGACCCCUCACUGCGGGGGCAGAGGACAGAGGAGGAGAGGGGGCCACAGGGAAAGGACGUGAGAAGCAUUCCAGGGUGUUAGACCUCAUCAGCCGCUUUGAGGAGAAUAGUCACUCUGGGGGGAAGCAGACCUGCCCCCCAGCACGCAUUGGUUUCCACAAACCCAACAACCUCAAACAGGAGCCUCACACGGACUCGGGGUCCGCCCCCAGUACCUCUCGCAACGCUCACGAGCACUCUGCAGACGGGGCGUCAGCCCAAAAAAGCAGGGGUGAGAGGGAGGAGGGGGACUCCCCCAGGGGAGGCGAGAGGGAUGGCGAAGCCCCCAGAGAUGACACGCCUUCGCUAGUGAAUGGGGAUACCCCCAGACCCAGCACAGACGCCUCGGCAGCACCAACAGAGGGCGGAGGAGAGCAGUGCAGUGAGCCAAGGAAGGAGGAGGGUACAACGGAAUAUAAGGAAACCAAUGAGCAGAAGCUGUACAAGAUUGCCAAUGAGCUACUGCAAACAGAGAAGGCUUACGUCGCACGGCUCCACCUGCUGGACCAGGUGUUUUGUGCCAGGCUGAUGGAGGAGGCAGGAAAAGGCGUGUUUCCCGUGGACGUGGUGAAGAACAUCUUCUCCAACAUCUCCUCCAUCUAUGCCUUCCACAGUCAGUUCCUGCUGCCUGACCUGGAGAAACGCAUGGACCAGUGGGCAUCCAUACCUCGCAUUGGGGACAUCCUUCACAAGCUGACGCCCUUCCUGAAGAUGUACGCGGAGUACGUGAAGAACUUCGACAAGGCCAUGGAGCUGCUUAAGCAGUGGACAGACCGCUCAGCACAGUUCAAGGCUGUCAUCCAGGACAUUCAGGCGCAGGCAGUGUGUGGCAGUCUGACGCUGCAGCAUCACAUGUUGGAGCCAGUGCAGAGGGUUCCUCGAUACGAGAUGCUGCUGAAGGACUACCUGAAGAAGCUCCCCCAAGAUGCCCUGGACCGACCUGAAGCAGAAAAGUCUUUGGAGAUCAUCGCCACGGCAGCCACACACUCCAACAGCGCCAUCCGGAAAUCAGAGAAGCUUAAAAAGCUGAUGGAGAUCUAUGAGAUGCUGGGGGAGGAAGAGGACAUCGUCAACGCCUCCAACGAGUUCAUCAAGGAAGGCCAGAUCCUCAAACUAGCAGCCAGACAUGCUUCAGCCAUAGAGAGGUACCUCUUUCUGUUCAACAACAUGCUGCUGUACUGCGUGCCCAAGUUCAGCCUGGUGGGGCAGAAGUUUGCAGUUCGCACGCGGGUCAGCAUCGAGGGUAUGAAGGUGGAGGAAACCCACAGCGAGGAACACCCCCACACCUUCCAGGUGUCUGGCAAGGAGAGGACCCUGGAGCUGCAGGCCAGCUCUGAACAGGAGAAAGACAAUUGGAUAAAGGCCUUGCAGGAAACAAUAGAGAUUUUUCAGCAGAAGAAUGAGACGUUCAGAUCUGCCUCCAGAGAGGUGGAGGAGGUAUCGACAGCAGAGCUGGGGAAACGCGCCCCUCGCUGGAUUCGGGACAACGAGGUGACGAUGUGUAUGAAAUGCAAGGAGCCCUUCAACGCCCUGACACGCCGGAGACAUCACUGUCGAGCAUGUGGCUACGUGGUGUGCUGGAAGUGCUCGGAUAACAAGGCAGCGCUGGAGUAUGACGGGAACAAGGUGAACAGGGUAUGCAGGGACUGUUACCUCACCCUGACAGGGCAUGCUGACGGCGAGGAUCGGCCUGAGGGCAAGAGGAGGGGCAUCCUGGAGAUUGAGGCGGCACAGUUCUCGGGAAGCAGCAUCAUGUGUGGGUUCCUGCAGCACAGUGAGAAGGCCAAGCCCUGGCAGAAGGUGUGGUGCAUCAUCCCCCAGAAGGAGGCACUAGUGCUCUACCUGUAUGCAGCUCCACAGGAUGUGAAGGCCCAGUCCACCAUCCCCAUGCUGGGAUACACUGUGGAGGACACGCCCCGCCCAGGAGAUCCACCUGCCAGCUUCCGCAUCUCCCAGUCCAAGUCCAUCCACAGCUUCGCGGCCGAAAGUGAGGAGCUGAAGCAGCGCUGGCUGAAGGUCAUCCGGGGGGCAGUGAUCGGCGAGACGCCCAAACUCUGCGAUGGAAACACCACCACUGACACCACCAACACCAACACUGACACCACCAAUGCCAACACCACCAACACUGACACUGAUACCACCAACACCACCAAUACUGACACCACCAACGGCAACACCACCAGCAACACAGAUGUCACCAACACCGACACCACCGACACCGAUACCACUAAUGCCCAUACCACCAGCACGACCAACACAGACGCUGACACCACCAAUACAGACACUGACACCACCAACACAGACACUGAGACUGCCAACACAGACAACACCAACGCCACCCAGGAGCCUACCACCACAUCAGACACCACCUAG